AACUUUUAAGAAGAGUUGAUCUUAAGGGGUAUAGUGGAUAAAGACCUCUCCUGGAAGCUAGAAAGAUCUGAUUAUUCAAGGCCCUUGGUUGUCUGACCCUGGAGUGAAGGCUGUGUCCUACAGACUCCAGCACCAUGAACAUGUUUGAUAGGAAGAUCAACUUUGAUGCGCUCUUAAAAUUUUCCCACAUCACACCUUCUACACAGCAGCACCUGAAGAAGGUCUAUGCCAGUUUUGCCCUCUGCAUGUUUGUGGCGGCUGCAGGGGCAUAUGUCCAUGUGGUCACCCGUUUCAUUCAGGCUGGCUUGCUUUCAGCCUUGGGUUCUUUGGGAUUGAUGAUAUGGCUGAUGGCAACACCACACAGUCAUGAAACUGAGCAGAAGAGACUGGGCCUUCUGACUGGAUUUGCUUUCCUUACAGGAGUUGGUUUGGGCCCUGCCCUGGACUUAUGCAUUGCUAUCAACCCCAGCAUCAUUCCUACCUCCUUCCUUGGCACAGCAAUGAUUUUCAGCUGCUUCACCUUGAGUGCACUCUAUGCUAGGCGUCGCAGCUACCUCUUCCUAGGAGGUAUCUUGAUGUCCGCCAUGAGCCUGAUGCUGUUUUCCUCCCUUGGGAACCUCUUCUUUGGAUCUUUUUGGCUGUUCCAGGCGAAUCUGUAUGUGGGACUGGUGGUCAUGUGUGGCUUUGUCCUUUUUGAUACUCAGCUCAUAAUUGAAAAGGCUGAAAAUGGAGAUAAGGAUUAUAUCUGGCACUGUGUUGACCUCUUCCUGGAUUUUGUCACCCUCUUCCGGAAACUCAUGAUGAUCCUAGCAAUGAACGAAAAGGACAAGAAGAAAGAGAAGAAGUAAGACAGCUGUUCAGCCUUUCCCUCUUUGGCUCCCUUCCCUCAUCCUCUCAUUUCCUCUCUGCACACAUUACAGGUGGCGUGUUCUGUGAUAAGGAAAAGCAUCAGAAAAGCUUUUGUACUUUGUGGUUUUCUCUGUUUGAGUUUUUUUAAUCAGAAAACUGAUUAGCAGAUUCUAAUUUGGAGUUUGGCUUCAUGUUCCCUGGGAUUCCAUAUCUCUCCUUUGUCCUUCGACAGUCAGUCCCUGGUAUGUGAAGAGUAACUGCAACCAAGCAGAAGGAGCGAGUUCCAAGAGUCUUCUUGAUGGCAGUACUUUAUUGGUGGAUUUGAAAUUUUUCCUUGCAAAGCCUCCUCUUCUCUCUCAGCAUUAUUUGGGUUUAAUAGCCAUUCCUGUGGGUGGGAGAUAAAGGCAGUGUGUAUUUUAGCAAGUUGAAUAGAGAUUUCUGAAACCCUUAGCUCCUGUGUUUAGUUCUGUUUGGACUUGAGCUUCUGCCAAUUCCUUAAGAGAUUUGCAAACAAAGUGACCUGAUCUUUCUGCUUUGGAAGAAGCUUUUUGGAAGGCACUUGUACGUCCUCUGAGCCUUGUUGAAUCACUGCCAGUUUGGCAGACGUACCAUCUUGCCCCUUCUUCUCAAGACGUCCUGGCUUGAUGGAUGUUCCCCUAACUCCUUGCCUGGCCCUAAUUCAGGGAACCUGUCCAGUCAGAUCCAUUUGAGUAGGAGAGUUUUCAGUAUGUAUAUAAAUGUUAGUUUCAUGGGGCAACUGCAACUCCUAAAAGAAACCUUAUGCAUGUUAAAUGGGAUAAUGUUGGAUUCUCUAAACUUCCCCUAGAUUCUUCCUCUCGGAAGUGUAACUCAAUCUUAGUUGCCGAGUAGACUGUCAUUAGAAUACCCAAAGUAUCUUGGAGUUGGGCCUCAGGAAGGCUGCAAUUCAUGGUGAGCACUAUAGAAUUGUUUCUAAUGGAACCUGCCAGCGCACCUCUGAACAACUCUGUGGGCUAGAGCAUGGUAGAACCACCCUUCCAUUCAGAGGCUCUUUGACUCACCAGGGUUAGAGCUGCUGUGACGGCUUGAGUGGCAGAGUUCUUAAAUACCAUCUGGUCCAUUCCCCAGCUGACUGUAAGUAAGCAGUGCUAGAGCAGUGUCUUAAGUCAGCAAGUUAAUUUCUGGCAGAUGAUUCCUAGCUCUUGUUCUGUUGCCUGUUUUACAGAAAUUCAGCUCUGGGGUGGCAACCUUUUUUCAUGAAGGUAUGGCUCACUUGACCAAACCUACAAAUGACCCUUAUCCCUAUGCCACCUUACUCCAGUUGUAAACAUGUGGAGAAUGCUAAUAGAGACCACCAAACCAGUAUCCGCAUUUUCAACCAGAGUCAGAUGGCAUACAAAUGAAGGUGUCAUCCCAAAUGACCAUGGCUCUAAGAAUAGUUGUGAGGCUGUACUGCAGGAGGGAUGGAAUUACUUUAGCGCUUUUUGCCAGCAGCUUUCUGUUUUUUGGCUCUUCCUUCCCUUUGACAGCACUGCUGCUGGUGUUAUGAGCUAGGUCUCCUGCAGUACAGUACUGCUUUGUUUUUGGGGAAGCAUUUGCUCCCAGAUCCUGUGGCAUUCAGUAUAGCUCUGUCUUCUGUAGGUGGUUGCCUUCUGAUCCCAGGGUACCAGACCUAGGUAGGACUAUUUCUCCCUGUUGUAUCCCCCAGCAGCCUUUUGUCCAUGUAUUUGAUGUUGCUCUACCCUUGCUACGAAUUUGACUGUGUUAAUGUCUCCUGAAGCCAAAUUCCACCUUUUGUGCUUUUUGCUUGGGAUAAAAAGUUUUUCUUUAGAAACAGUGCCAAGAAUGACAAGAAAAAAAUUCCACUUUUAAAGAGAAUGCCUAACAGGUUUUUAAUACAGUAAUUACUGUAACUAUCACUUUCUUUUCUAGUUUCUUGGUUUUCAGCUCAGGCUGCAUUCUAUAACUCAUACUGUGAAGACAAAGGUGUUUUUGAUUCAGAAAUAUAUGAAAUCUACAAAGUCUUAAUUUGUAAAAAAUAAAGAAAAAAUCUUCAGUCUU